AAUCGCUCAUGUUGCGCUAAACUCUUGAUUGACCUCUUAAUCCGUUUUGGUUUAUUUUGAUCAAGAACAUAAUUAACGAUUGUUAAUCUAACAAUCGUCAAACAAUACACAUCAAAACAUAACAUUUUGAUUUUACAAUGUCCGAAUUGGAUUUGGACAACAUGUGGGAGGAGGAAGAGGAUGGAUGGCUGUAUGAAGGAAUUGAAACCAGGGAUAAUACAGGUGAAAUGGAAAUAAUAUACUGCACAGCCACAGCACAUGAAACUGCAAAGGAUCAUGGGGGUGAGAUGGAAACGCAGAAUGCAGAGGGAGACAACCCAGAGGAAGACAGCAACCAAGAUAAUGAAGAUGAUGAUGAUGACGAUAAUGAUGUUUGUGUCACCAUAGGAACCAUAAAUGCAGGAGCCUCAUCGUUAUGCACCAUAAAAUCUCACGGAAUUCGAUCCACAUCUUUGACUGUUGGAUCUGGGGGAAGGCCCAAUCCUAUAGCCAAGGCUCUGGACCUGAACGCCCUGGGCGACGUCCAGGGAAUCCCCUUGCUGUGGGUGGACAUCGAGGAGAAACCGUGGAGGAAACCGGGUGCCGACAUUUCAGAAUACUUUAACUACGGCUUUAAUGAGGACACCUGGAAGGCCUACUGUGGGAAACAGAGGAGAAUCAGAGGAGGUUGGGAGAACUUCUCUGCUUCUUCCAGAAUGAAGGUCCAGAGGGGGCGUACAGACCCAGCAAACAAAGAAUUCCUGUUUGAUCGUCCCUCAUUAUGCUCUGUAUACCAACCAGAUCUGAGGAGGUGGAGUGGCGCUAUCGAUGUGAUUGGAGGACAAACUGCUACCCUCAGCAGGCAGGAAGGGCGCAGACGUAACCGAGGAAACGCCAAACAGGUGCUCUCUGAGGCGUCACGUGAUUCGUCGGCCAAUAAGAUGAUUUCCUUCCUCCGGCCCAACAUCCCCCCGCCCCCUCUACCCCCUCCCCUACCCAAUGUCAGCUCUGGUGCUCAGCUUCUCCUCCUGCAACGGUGUCUCUCGCCUCCUCCUCCAGGGUUCUCUUCCAUGGACAGGAUGCACUAUAAAAGCAGGAGAGACUUGGAGAGUUACCGGGAGAGAGAGAAAGGCCGGGCAAGAGAGCCUGGAUCGACCAUGGUUGCAACGAGGAACACACACAGCAAAGCCAGACCUCUCUGA